AUGGGGGAUGAAGAGGAGGAAGAAGGAGUUUAUGGAUUGGUUAGUGAGGAAGAAGUAAAAACUUUCCUAGAGGAGAUGGAAAAACUUUGCCAGGAGAAAGAGAUUACCGAGGAACAACAAGUUGAAUUAGAAAAUAAACUAAAAGAAGUAAUAAGAAAUAAACCUUUUAAUUUUGCCGAGUAUAAGAGGAUUGAGGAGGAAUUGAAUAGGUUAAGGAGGGCGGAACUUCCCGAAGAAAUUCCAUUGAAAAAAUCCCCUCCAACAGAAAAGGAUUUCAAAAAAGCAUUUGGAGUUAUAGGUGCAGGGAAACCUGCAACUAGAGAAAUUACUGAAAAUAAAAGUAAAAAAACACAAACAGUUAAAGAAGAAAUAGUUACAGAGUGA